AUGGUUGAACUAAGCAAUGACGAAGCCAUAAGCUUUUUAAAACAGGCACUACAUGAAGCUGAAAAAAGCUUAAAAGUUGAGACUAAAGAAAUGCCAAUAUUUUGUUUAUUAAUAAAUGAAAAAAAAGAAAUAAUAUCAAGUUCUUAUAAUUGCACAAAUGAAUCAAAAAAUGGAUGUAGACAUUGUGAGAUCAUAGCUAUAGAUAAAUAUAUUUAUGGAAAAAAUUAUGAAAAAAUGAAAAAUAAAAAUUUAAUAAAAUGUUUUAAUAAUAAUACUAAUAGUAUAAAUAAAUCUUUAUCCAAUUAUUUUUCUGAGCUUAAAAAUAUUGAUAAAGAAUUUGAGGAUAAUAAGGAAAAUACAAAUUGUACUAAAGAACACUCUAUAAAUUUUGAGCAAAUACAAAAAGAAAUAACAAAAAAAAUUCAAAAAUUAAAAAAAUUUACUAUUGUUGUUACUUGCGAGCCCUGUAUAAUGUGUGUGUACGCCUUGAAGUUAGUUGGAAUACAAGACAUUUAUUUUUGUUGCUUAAAUGAGCGAUUUGGAGGAUGUGGAUCUGUACUGUCUUUACAUCAAGUAUAUGAGAAUAUGAAUGUGCAUUAUAUAGAAUGUAAUGAUUGCACAAAUAAAAGUAUCAAUCUUAUGAAGUUAUUUUAUAAGUCUGGAAAUCCAUCAGCCCCUGAUGAAAAAAGAAAACGGCCUUUGGCUGAAAUUUCACUUGAACAGUAA